AUGGCAACUUCCCUGCACCUUCCUCCAUGGCAACUUCCAUGCACCUUCCUCCAUGGCAACUUCCAUGCACCUUCCUCCAUCGGAACUUCCAUGCACCUUCCUCCAUCGGAACUUCCAUGCACCUUCCUCCAUGGCAACUUCCAUGCACCUUCCUCCAUCAGAACUUCCAUGCACCUUCCUCCAUGGCAACUUCCAUGCACCUUCCUCCAUGGCAACUUCCAUGCACCUUCCUCCAUGGCAACUUCCAUGCACCUUCCUCCAUGGCAACAUCCCUGCACCUUCCUCCAUGGCAACUUCCAUGCACCUUCCUCCAUGGCAACUUCCAUGCACCUUCCUCCAUGGCAACAUCCCUGCACCUUCCUCCAUGGCAACUUCCAUGCACCUUCCUCCAUGGCAACUUCCAUGCACCUUCCUCCAUGGCAACUUCCAUGCACCUUCCUCCAUCGGAACUUCCAUGCACCUUCCUCCAUGGCAACUUCCAUGCACCUUCCUCCAUCGGAACUUCCAUGCACCUUCCUCCAUGGCAACUUCCAUGCACCUUCCUCCAUGGCAACUUCCAUGCACCUUCCUCCAUGGCAACUUCCAUGCACCUUCCUCCAUGGCAACUUCCAUGCACCUUCCUCCAUGGCAACAUCCCUGCACCUUCCUCCAUCGGAACUUCCAUGCACCUUCCUCCAUGGCAACAUCCCUGCACCUUCCUCCAUGGCAACUUCCCUGCACCUUCCUCCAUGGCAUCAUCCCUGCACCUUCCUCCAUGGCAUCAUCCCUGCACCUUCCCCAUGGCAACAUCCUUGCACCUUCCUCCAUGGCAACAUCCUUGCACCUUCCCCAUGGCAACAUCCUUGCACCUUCCUCCAUGGCAACAUCCCUGCACCUUCCUCCAUGGCAACUUCCCUGCACCUUCCUCCAUGGCAACAUCUUUGCACCUUCCUCCAUGGCAACAUCCUUGCACCUUCCUCCAUGGCAACUUCCAUGCACCUUCCUCCAUGGCAACAUCCCUGCACCUUCCUCCAUGGCAUCAUCCCUGCACCUUCCUCCAUGGCAUCAUCCCUGCACCUUCCCCAUGGCAACAUCCUUGCACCUUCCUCCAUGCUCCAGUCUCUGUUCACCAGCCCCAUAUCCAGCCCCAUACCCCACCCCAGUCUCUGUGCCCAAGCCCUAUACCCAGCCCCAUACCCCUCCCAGCCCCAGUCUCUGUCCCCAAGCCCUAUACCCAGCCCCAUACCCCUCCCAGCCCCAGUCUCUGUCCCCAAGCCCUAUACCCAGCCCCAUACCCCUCCCAGCCACAGUCUCUGUUCCCCAGCCCCAUAUCCCGCCACAGCCCAAUACCCAGCCCCAUAUCCCGCCACAGCCCAAUACCCAGCCCCAUACCCCACCCCAGUCUCUGUGCCCAAGCCCAAUACCCAGCCCCAUAUCCCGCCACAGCCCAAUACCCAGCCCCAUACCCCGCCCCAGUCUCUGUGCCCAAGCCUAAGCCCCAGUCAUUGUGCCCCAGCCCCAGUCUAUGUGCCCCAGCCCCAUACCCAGCCCUAA